UCUGUAAUUCGAAUCCCGUUACAUACGAUCUAUGGUGAUGUUUCAUCUCGCAAUCGUAACGAUGUCGCCGAUCCGAUUACAUCGCUCGUACACAGUGAUAUAUAUCGGGCCUGUUUGUUCGCAGAGAGGGAGGUCUGGUAUGAAGCGGCGACGCGGGCGAUCGAGACGCGAAUCAGGGAGGCAGCGAGUAACAGCGUCAGCGGCACGACGCCCCCGGCCGGGGUGGCGCGCGGCGUCGUCCUCUUCGUCGGCGACGGCAUGGGGAUGAGUACAUUGACGGCGGCGAGGAUCUUCGCGGGUCAGCGUCACGGGAAUCCAGGCGAGGAGACGCAGCUCGCGUGGGAGAGCUUCCCGGCGGUGGCGUUGGCGCGGGUGAGUACGAGCUAACGUAGAUCGUUUUUUGUCUUUCCUUUACUUUUUCCUUUUUUCUUGAAGACGCGGCACGUAAAGCCGUCGCUUUACGUGCAUCAAAUUUGUUGCAAAACUGUAGGAGCACGCAAAUCGCUAGAU